GCCCGAGAUUCCUCUUUCCAAAACUCAUACCCAAAUCCAAGCAGGGUGUGGGAUUCUGGUAGACAAUCCACAGACCAUAAAUGGCUUCAGAAGGAGAAGAAACUAGCCUGACUUAUAGAUCCAUGAGAAACAUGUCGGCAGUAGCAAGAAAUAUCCUAUGAACCAUCAAAUCAUAAUUUCGAAAUUGUUCCACAUCAACUUCAGACUAUGAUGCUUUGAUUCCCCCAUGUUCUUUCUCUCAACUGGAGGGUUUCUGUUAAGCUCAUUAAAGUCCCUCCAAACAAACAGUUCCCUUCUGAGGAUAUUCCCAUUUCAGCCAAUUGUUUGUCAAAGUUUAGCUAGUUUUCUGCCUCUUUUGCUGGUCCAAACAAACCACACUAAUUUUUUGUAGUGCUCCCACUUACUCUAUCACUUUCUUUUCCUUGUUGUCCCUUCCUCCAUCACUCUUUUUCCUAACUAACAAAGCCUGAAAAGAAGCAACCAUCUGGGGAAAAAAAGAAGAAGGAAAAAGACAGUAAACACAUUAUACUACUACUGCUAAAUGAUUUGCUUAUAAUAAAGUCCACAACUUUACCCCAAACCCAUCUCAAAUUUUCAUCAACAGAUGAAGGGUAGUGGCAGAAGAGGAAGUUUCAUGGCAGUGGAGAUUCUGCUGGUUUUCCUGGUUUUCAUGGCUGCUAAUGCAAUCACUGGUGAGGCAGUCUUUGGAAUUGACAUGAAUCCAUGCACGCUCACAACCUGCACAGAAGCCUGCAAGAAUGUUAUGGGGGAGAAGUUUGACAGUGCCUCCUGCUACCAAGGGAUCAUAUGUAUGUGCUUUGGUUGAUGGGUUUUCAGGGAGAUUCUCCAAGUCCAAAUGUUAUCAUAUAUGUAUGUAUAUAAAAAGUUUGGUUCUUUAAAGUAAAGGGUAAAGCUUUAGAUAUUUCUUAGCCUCUUUCUCUAUAUGUUUGGUGUGUUGUGAAUGAUGAAACUUGUACUGAGAAGAAUCUUCUCAGAGUUUCACCAGGUAAACAUAUAAAUAUGCUUUCAUGGUGGAUCUAAGAGGUCAAACUGCAUGAUGUAUGAUGUACAGACUUUGAACCUGCAAUAUAUAACAUGAGGUAAAUGUUGUCCCUUUUAGAUUCUAUCUUCCCCUCACCUUUCCCCAAUCCAUGUAUUUGCCCUUCUGAGAGACUAGAGAGAAUGAAGAGUGAACAAAAAGAGAUGAGAUUACAACUGAAAACCCACCCUUUUUUUCUGGUUUCGUUUGUAUCCAAUAAUCCACCCAUUUGAAGAAGGAUCAUUUUCUGUUCCUGAUCAAAGUUGUCUGCUUUCUUCAGUUUCCAUUCCAUAGCUGAAGAAAAAGAAGAUCAAAGAGCUGAAAUUCUUGUUAUUGAGCCACAUGACAGCAGAAAUCAAGGAAUGAAAGAAGGGGAGUAGGAAAAAAUGAAGCCCAACUUGCUAUAAUUGGACAACUAGGCUAACAUUCAAAUGGGUAGAAGAUAAAGGCACAAAUUUUGAUCAAGAGAAGGAAUCGGAAGAGGGGUUUCUUCUGUGAAUUGGUUAUACCUCUAACUCAAAAGAGAUUUUUUUUUGCUUUUGUUCCCAUAACCUUGUACUGAAGGUCCUAAAUUGUUACCUUGUAUGUUUAAUGCCACUUUCCUUUCCUCCACACACAUAGCUAAUACCAGAAGAGAAGGAAUUCCAACUCUUUCAUCAAUGGAGUACUGCAAUAAUAAACUACCAUUCUAUCUUCAAACCAAGUAAAGUUAACAAGUUAAU